CACAAGCUUCACUUCAGAUCAGACGCUGUCAGGGUCUAAUUGCUGCGCAGAAGAAUUUGAAGUCAAUUUGACAUUUGUGAAGGAAACAGCACUGUCUUCUCAGUCUUAUAAUUCCUGAAUCAAAGAUGGCUAUGUUUGAUGAUUAUGAUAUAAUAACUCUGGAGGACCUUGAAGAUAUUAAAGAAUCCAUAUCUACCCAGGAUCUCCCAACAGCUGUAAACACAAUCAAAGAAGUCCUUGAAAAACAGGAUCUUGUAGAACUUAACAUUGGUGUGACGGGGGAGUCAGGUUCUGGAAAAUCUACGUUUGUGAAUGCAUUCAGGGGUUUAGGGGAUGAAGAAGAGGACUCUGCGAUAACUGGCCCUGUAGAAACCACUAAAGAGCCUAAAGCUUAUUUUCACCCAAAAUAUAAAAAUGUGAAAGUGUGGGAUCUUCCUGGCAUUGGAACACGAAACUUCAAAGCUGAUGAGUAUCUUAAACUUGUUGAGUUUGAACGUUAUGAUUUUUUCAUCAUCAUCGCUUCAGAUCGGUUCAGAGAAUGCCACAUUCUGCUGGCCAAAGAGAUCAAGAGAAUGGGGAAAAGGUUUUAUUUUGUUCGUUCCAAGAUUGACCAAAGCAUUGAUGCUGAGAAGAAGAGUAAGAAGAAAAGCUUUGACCAGAAAAAGACAUUGGAUACCAUCCGAGAGGACUGUGAAACAGGUCUGAAAAACAUUGGUAUACAGGAUCCUGUUGUGUUUUUGAUCUCUAGCUUCGAGCUCGGCAACUAUGAUUUAAAUCUUCUGCAGGAGAAAAUGGAGCAUGAGCUUCCACAGCACAAGAGACGUGUGCUGCUGUUGGCUUUGCCGAAUAUCACACAGGAGAUCAAUGAUAAAAAGAAGAAAGUAUUAGAGGAAAACAUUGGAAAAGUUGCCUUACUGUCUGCUUUGGUGGCUACAGUCCCUGUUCCUGGUCUUUCAGUUGCUGUGGAUUUUGCCAUUGUUAAAAAGGAGAUAGAACGAUACCACAGUGUCUUUGGUCUGGAUGAUCCAUCCCUGCAGAUGCUCUGUGAAAGAUCUGGGAAGACCACUGAUGAAUUCAAAAGUUUAAUGAAGUCCCCACUGAUUGGUGGGAUAAACCCAGCUUCAUUAUUACCCUUAGCGGGUGCUGCAUCCCUGGUUCUGGCUGAAAAUGGACUUGAGUAUGUUGUGAGUCUCAUACCCUUACUUGGUUCUGUGGUGGCAGGAGGAAUGUCCUAUAUGACAGUCUCAAAAAUGCUGAAGAGAGCUCUGAAUGACAUAGCAGAAGAUGCCAGAAUCGUGCUCAUGGCUUCAGUGCAGACUGAAGUGUAAACACAGAAUGUGACACAGAAACUACAUGUAUUCAAGUAGCAUCUGCUUUUAUUCAAAUUCAAUUUCUGUUAGUUAACUAAAUGUGAUCUUGCAUUUCUUAUUUCUUUAACUGAAAUUUACAACUGAAUGCUACAAUCAUGAUACAUUACAUUUCAAAACAUUGUAUUCAGUUAUUUCCUAAAUAUGAUAUAAGGCAAACGUUUGACUAUAAUUUCAAUUUGAUUCCUUUUGAGGAACAGUACUCGUUUUGCUUACGUGUCCAAGAUAAAGAUCAGAACAGGAUGUUCACAUGUACUGUACAGGUUUUAACAAUUUAUUGAAUGGCAGUAAAAUGAAAACAAGUUUAGACCAAUGAAAACUCAAAGUGUUUUUGCUGCACCUAUAUUUACAUUUACAGCAGGUUAUGUUUUACAACAUACUGCAUGCAUAGUAAUAAAUUAUACAACUUAUGUUUUAUGCUUUGUAAACAAAACUGUCAGUGUCAGUAAAGUUUCACUGACUCACACUUACAUCUACAACCUCACUCCUACAGGUUAAUGCCACUUCAUAAGUGUGUUUGAUCAGGAAUUGAAUUAAACUACUAAUAUAAAAAAAAUGUCUCAUCUUAUUUUUAUUAUAGUUUUUCUUAACAAUAAAAGAACACAAUAAUGUGUUCUUUAUUCUUCCCUCAGUUACACCCAUUUAACCCAUUUACAGCAUAUCAUUUAAUACAAUUAGGUAUAAAUGAUAUAUUAUGCUUAUACUAAUUUAACCCAAUACAACUUCAUUUUGCAUACUAAGGUUUAUUAUAACAUUACUGUAUUUUUGAUCAAAUUAAGUGUUUGUGAUUAAGUGUCUAACCAAGCAGAUAUAAAUAAACUUCAUAAUAGUAAUAACUUGCAACAAGUGUGAUGUG